AUGGCUGGUCACCAGAAGGAGAAGGUGGUCAUAGAUGAAGUUCACCAGACCCAGAGCUUGCGGGAACAGUUCCUCAAGGAGCUGAGAACUCAGAAGCUCUACACCAAUUAUCACGUGAAUCCCCUGCGCAAGGUUCACACAAUCACCGGAAAGCCCAUGUCAUGGCAUGAUAACUUGGAGGAACCUGAAGACACCAGGUUUCUGAAUCUCAUUCACUAUUCUAAUCAGGGACCAAAGAAGAAAUACACAGAGUCACAGACUGAAUCUCAAGAAAUUGGAUGGAAUCCAGAGCCUCUGGUCAGCCCAGAGCGCCAUGACCGCAGGAUGAACCACUUUAGGGUCUACAAUGACAUCACCCUGUACAAGGCUAAAAUGUGGAGCUUGGGAGAAGAUGAUCGCCACAAGUAG